UUAAGUCCAUUUUCGGCUGAAGAUUUCACAUUAUAUCAUACUGAACUUCUAUAUAAACCCAUGAAAUUGUGAUUACUUUUUCAUAUACCUUCUCAUUCAUUUUUAAAAAAAUAAAUAUUACCCCACUUUCAGAUUUUUUUUUCUACUACACACAAUGAGUUUCGUAACCAUUGUGUUCCUAAUAUUGGCUACUUGGGCAAAUUCUCAAGCCAUGUCCCGGUCUACGUUGCAUGAAAAUGCCCUAAUUGACAUGCACGAGCAGUGGAUGGCUCGGUACGAACGCAGCUACGCCAACAAAACGGUGAAGAACAUGCGGUUCGACAUCUUCAAGGACAACAUGAACUACGUUGAGAAGUUCAACAAGGGAGCAAAUCGAAGCUAUGAGUUGGGUAUCAACAGAUUCGCAGAUUUGACAGACGAGGAAUUUCUUAGUCACUUCACUGGUUACAAGCAGAGCCCUCUUGUCCCUACUCGUUCAUCUGGGGAAUACAGCAGCUCUUUCAAGUACCUAAACUUAACUGCAAGUGAAAUCCCAACUAGCAUGAAUUGGAGAGACAAAGGUGCUGUGACUGAUGUAAAAGAUCAACGAAAAUGUGGGUGCUGCUGGGCGUUUUCUACAGUGGCAGCAGUGGAAGGGAUUACACAAAUCAAAACUGGGAAUCUGGUGUCGCUAUCAGAACAACAACUAGUCGAUUGCUCAACCGAGAACAACGGUUGCAACGGUGGAACGAUGGAGAGAGCAUUCGAGUACAUAAUAAAAAAUCAAGGCAUAACAACUGAGACUGAUUACCCUUACAAGGAAAGAGAUGAUUCAAUUUGUCAAACUGGAACGGCCACAGUCAAGAUCAGUGGCUACGAAAAGGUGCCUGAAAAUAGUGAGGAGGAUCUGUUGAAGGCUGUUUCUAUGCAACCUGUGUCGAUUGGGAUUGAGGCUACAAAGAGCUUGAAACUGUACAAAUCUGGUGUCUUCACUGGUGACGACUGUGGUGACGAUAUAAACCAUGCUGUGACGUUUGUUGGGUAUGGGAGGAGUGAAGAAGAUGGAAGCAAGUAUUGGUUGGCCAAGAAUUCUUGGGGGGAAGAUUGGGGUGAGAAUGGCUAUGUGAAGAUAAUGAGAGAUGUUGAAUCUUCUCAAGGUGUUUGUGGAAUUGCCACUGAUGCUUCCUAUCCAACUGUUUAAGUACUGUUAUAGUUCACUAGUGUGUGUGUGACAAUGAAUAUUUAUGGUGUUUAUUUCGACUGCUGAAAUGUCUAUGUUUCUGCCUUUGUGAACCAUCUACAUUAUCAUCAAUGAAAAAUUUGCAUACUUAGUUUUUCUAGCUAA